AUGGCUCAAACGGAAGGUUCGUCGCUCACCAUCCUCAGCCUCGCUGAACCACUACUUUCCGCCCACGACAGCGCCGACCGCCUCACCAAAUCAACCCUGAACGCAGAGCUCGAGCACUACAAGGAUCUCUUUUCCAAACUGCGCUUUUCAUAUGUCGAACAAGUCACAAAAGAAGGCUUCCUCAAGGCAAUCGUCGCCGAUCCUCCUCAGCUAGUCGAUGCUGCUGAGAAUGCCCGUCUGGAACAUGACCUAGCUCAAGCGAAGGCUGCUCUCAAGGCCAAGAAGGAACACACCAACCAGAAAGUCCAGGAGCUGCAAGAAUUAGGAAGCCGUUUAGCACAAUUCCANGCUCACGAAUUGAUCCAAUUGCAAACCACCCAACUGCACGCCCUACCUGCCGACAUUCACAAUCUCGAACUCACCAUCGCAAACCUCAAAGCUGCCCAGGAAGCGCCCUCGUCCUUGCCUAUGCUCAACCUUCCUCUACACGCUACAAAUGAACUGCUGUCAGAAAAGGAAUCAGACCUUGCUCGACUCGAUCGCGAAAUUGCACAAUUGCAAUCUACCCUGCCCGACAAGAAAUGUCAUGUCGCGGCCCUAAAGGCCGACCUGGAGCCCAUUGAAUCUCGCAAACGCUCUGCCAUCACCGAUGCCCAAGAGGCCCAGAAGAGACGGGGACAGCACUCGCUUGCUCAGGACCUUGACGAGAGGNNGGGAAAGUGGCUCAAGUCUGUCGACUCUGGCCUUCGUAUCAUGCUUCAGAUCUAA